UUGGUUGAUUUACCGGAAAUAGAAACGAUUAUCGCCCAAAAGUCUAAAGUAACUACUGAAAAUGUGGCGAUCAGUGUUUACUUUACAAAGUCCUAUUUGGGCGAGCCAGUUUACUUUGCAGUCACGUUGAACUUACCACGCUCAGUUCAAAUCAUACAACUCAGACAUAAAAAUGUGUACACAAAUUUUGCUAAAAGACGGAGGCAGUCAAGGUUCUCUAAAUUGUACUCACUAUGGUUAGGCUCCAUGAUAACGUUUGUCCUGCUUUUUAAUGGUCUUGAACCCAUACAAGAGUAUCUUACAUCAGAAGAAACAACGGGGAAGUCUUCCCCUUUCCCGAAAGUUGACGCAGCUGAAAAAGAGGCUGUCGGGAGUAAUGGUGAUACUACUGAAGAGCUAGAAGAAAGAGGACAGAAAAAGAAAAAGAAAAAAGUUGGAUUCAGAGACAGAAAGAUCAUAGAAUACGAAGACAGGAUCCGUGCCUAUUCAACUCCAGACAAGAUAUUUCGUUACUUUGCAACACUGAAAGUAAAAUCUGAACAUGGUGAAAGUGAGAUCUAUAUGACCCCUGAUGAUUUUGUGCGCUCAAUUACGCCAGGAGUGAAACAACCAGAGAAUCUUGGAUUGGAUCAAUUCAAAAAAUUUGAUCCUAAAACUCAGAAGAUUGUAUCUAAACUGGAACAUGACAGUAUAUUCUACAAACUGGGGGAGAGUGGCCUCAUUUCAUUCAGCGACUACAUCUUCCUGCUCACUUUGCUGUCAACGCCACAACGUAUGUUCGAGAUAGCAUUUCGUAUGUUUGACUUCAACGGGGAUGGUGAUGUAGAUGUGGAAGAAUUUGCUAAGGUUCAAACAAUCAUCAGGUCCCAGACAAGCAUAGGCCAGAGGCACAGAGACCAUUCAACCACUGGAAGCACCCUGAAAGGAAUGAACUCUGCUCUUUCUAUAUACUUCUUUGGCAAGAAAUUUGACAAGAAACUUACAAUUAAUGAGUUCUUGGAGUUUCAAAAACAGCUUCAGGAUGAAGUGCUAAAAAUCGAGUUUCAACGCUACGAGAAAGAUGAAGAAAAUAAAAUCAGCGAGAAAGAUUUUGCAGAAAUACUACUGCAGUAUGCUGGGUUUAAUGACGCUAAACAGGACAGAAUCAUGAAAAGAGUAAAGAAGGUGUUCAAAGAAGAUCCUCCCGGAAUAUCCUUCAGAGAGUUCCAGGAUUUCUUCAGUUUGUUGAGUAGCAUCAAUGAUGUUGAUACAGCAUUGACUUUCUAUCAUGUAGCUGGAGCAUCAAUUGAUCAAGCCACCUUAAAACAUGUAGCUUCUACAGUGGCCCAUGUAACGCUCAGUGACCAUAUUGUAAACGUUGUGUUCACCAUAUUUGAUGAGGAUAAUGACGGGCAGUUAAGCAAUAAGGAGUUUGUCUCCGUCAUGAAGCAACGUGUGAUGCGGGGACUGGAAAAGCCGAAAGAUACUGGAUUAGUAAAGUUGUUAUCAUCAAUGGUGAAGUGUGCCAGACAGAAUACACCCUCCCUAUAUGAGCACUAAAUUGUCAUUUAUGGACUCGAUCAGACAUAUUUUUCUUGACCAGACUGUUUUGUCCUCUGAAUCAGCCAGGCAUAUUGAUUAAGAGGCUCAACUGUCAACCAGACAUAUUUAUGCACCAGGGACUCAACCAGGA